AUGCUUGUUAAACGCGCGUUAUCCACUUUGAUCCCCCCAAAGGUUGCUUCCACUAAGAAUAUUGGUUCAGCCCCAAACGCCAAGCGUAUUGCUAAUGUCGUUCAAUUUUACAAGUCUCUACCACAAGGGCCAGCUGCGCAGAUAAAGCCAUCUGGCGUGAUUGGCAGAUAUAAGGCUAAAUACUUUGAUGGUAACAAUGCCUCCGGUAAACCAUUGUGGCAUUUGGCCGUUAGCAUUUUGUUAAUGGGUUACUCCUUGGAAUACUACUUCCAUCUAAGACACCAUAAGGAUGGCGCUGCGCACUGA